AUGGCUCAGGAGACCAACCAGACCCAGGUGCCCCUGCUGUGUACCACGGGCUGUGGGUUCUAUGGCAGCCCCAGGACCAACGGGAUGUGCUCUGUCUGCUACAAGGAGUUCCUGCAGCGGCAGCAGAGCAGUGACCGGAUAAACCCCCCAGCACCCAGUGGUCCCAACAGCAGCCCCAUGGCUUCAGAUCCCAUUGCAGGGCAGUGCUCAGAGGGAGACUCCACACCUGAGGAUGCAAAAGCCAGUGCUCAGGCUCCUGUGACCCAUCAGAUGACAGCUAUGAGCAUAUCCAGAGAGGAAACCAGCAGCGAGCCAGAAGAAUCUGUCAAGACAGAAGAAGCUUCAUCAGCAUCUUCCUCAUCAGGUAGACUGAUGGGUUUGGCCUUCACACAAGUCUGA